CGGAUAUUCCAUUCCAGUGUCGCAAGUAACUUCAUUUGUGACAUUUCGCAUGAUAUAGUUGUCUCGAUUUGCCAAUAUGAAGUGGAUUUUCCUGCUUCUUUGUUUCGUCUCUGUCAGUGUUGCUUACGCUAGCAGAGGAGAUACAGACGAGAUAGUUGAGGUGGAAUUGUCGCUGGGUAAGAUCAAGGGUUCAAUCAUCAACUCGAGGUUGAAGAAGAAAAUAUAUUCAUUUCGUGGGGUGCGAUUUGCCGAGCCGCCGACCGGUGAAUUACGAUUCAAACCACCGGUUUCAGUGAAACCUUGGAACCGGACAUUCGAUGCGUCGAAAGAAGGUCCAGGAUGUCCGCAGCCAAAUUUAGACUUGCAAUCUGAGGAUUGUUUGCGUCUCAACGUCUACACAACGAAGUUCCCAUCGAAAGAUGAAGCAGUGAAGAGACCGGUUAUUGUCUUCUUUCAUCCCGGCGGCUUCUACAGUUGGUCCGGACAGACUUACUAUGCUGGUCCUCAUUAUAUCAUGGACCAAGAUAUCGUCUUAGUGACUGUCAAUUAUCGCCUAGGGUCUUUAGGAUUUUUGAGUACUGGAGAUGCCCUGGCACCCGGCAACAACGGCCUGAAGGAUCAAGUGGUGGCACUCCGCUGGGUCCAGAAGCACAUAUCAAAAUUCGGAGGUGAUCCGAAUUCCGUUACAAUAGCCGGAUGCAGUGCGGGUUCAUGGAGUAAUUCAGUUCAUCUUGUCUCACCAAUGAGCAAGGGCUUGUUUCACCGGGUAAUCGGUGUGAGUGGAGCUGCGACAUUCCAAAAUCUAUUGCCCCAUCACCAGAAGGACCUGGCGAAGAGGCAAGCGGAAAUCCUUGGAUGCCCCAGUGACACCACCGAGAGGAUACUCGCUUGUCUGAAGACUAAAACUGCCGAAGAAUUCGGAAAUUCACUCCCUCAAUUUGCUGAGUGGCAGGGAGAUCCAGUUUUGCAGUGGAGACCGGUCAUCGAGCCGGAGGUGCCUGGAGUGGAAAGAUUCCUCUCUGAUCAGCCAGUCGAUCUCAUCAGACAAGGAAAACUCUAUCACGUGCCUGUGAUGACGGGCAUCACUAAGGACGAAUUUGGUGGUGUUGUUACCAUUCCCAUCGGACAGGCGCAUAACGGUAGCAACGCGAUAUUCGAUGACAUAAAUGCCAAUUACACGAGAAUCUUUCCGAUAAGUUUUUUCUACGAACGUGGUACAGAGAGAUCCCUCGCCAUCACCGAGAGCCUCAGGAAGUUCUACCUCAAGGGAAAACCCGUUGGUGUUGAUAGCUGGCAAGGAUUGGCGGAUCUUUACGCAGAUGCUCUCGUUGGAUUCGCUAAUCAUCGCUUUGUAAAUCUCAUGGGUGGACAUUCGAGAGCACCAGUGUGGUACUGGAAAUUCUCUUAUCAGGGACGUUUCACUACUGCAAGAUGGCCGGACGGUAAACCAUUCGGUGUUGUACAUCAAGACGACUUGAUGUAUCUCUUCUACCAGAGCAAGGUAUUUCCAUACUUCGAGGACGAUGCACCGGAGAAUGUGAUGGUGGAGAAGAUGACUGCCAUAUGGGCGAACUUUGCUAAAACUGGUGAACCAAUACCGAAAGACAAUCCUCUGUUCAAAGAUGUUAGUUGGACGAAAUUCACGCCGGAGAAUCAAGCUUAUUUGGACAUUGAUAAUAAACUCGAGGUGAAGAAUGGACUUUACAUCGAUAGAAUGAAGGAGUGGGAAAGACUGUUUCCCUUGAGGCCAUUGCCUUGAUCAUCAACAUCGAUCAUCAAAUCAUACAUUUAACAUAACUAAGACAAAACGGAAAUUUAUGAAAUGUUUUGGAGAGAUCAACCAGUCAUUAAUAAAGAGACGAUUAUCUUAUAAAAAUGGUUCA